AUGCUGUUUCCACUCGCGAAGAGCUCUAAUGCGAACAAUAAGGAUGCAUCUUCUCCAUCCUGGUCGUUCGAGAGCGCAAUUAAUAUCCUUCAACACAAACAUUUGGAGUUGUUGCCGGCUUUGAAGACCUUUUUAGAUUCUAAUAAAAAACUCAUCACCGAUCCAUUUGGGUUCUUGAAUAAUGACUCCCAAAAACUAAAGGUGACUCAGGCAGAUAUUGAUAAAGAAGAGGUGAAAUUGGGCGGAAUACUGUAUUCCAUUGACAAAACAGUGACGGAUGUGAAAACAAUAGAAGUAUUGGCCAAAAAGCUAAACAUCGACCCUAAUCAAGUUUUGAAGAGUAUAAUCCAGACAAAUGAAAAAAGAAUUUUGGGAUUGGAUGAAAUCAAAAAAAACUUCAACCACAUCAACUUGAUUCCAAAAGCCAAUGCAAACAAGGAUAAUGGACCUGAAGAUAAUAACAUUUACGACCCAAAGAAUUUGAUCUAUUCUUUAGAAAUUCUAAAAGAAAAAAGACAACUUUUCACCCUUGUCAUUUCUAUCUUUAAAAAUCAAACAUUGGAUCCAAGUCUUGAAGAUAUAACUAACAGCAUAUUGAUUAAUUAUGAGUCAAUGGUUGAUAAAAUAUUGAGUAAUAUUUCGUCUGAUAUCGACACGCUAUUGGACUCGGAUCUUGAUAUAACCUCCGUAGACGAUGAUGCGAUUAAUUUUGAAAGAAGUUUGUCAUUGAUCAUAAAGAAGGAAUGUGCUCUCAUCAUAUCAGAAUAUCUCAGACUUUUAAUUCAAAUUUUAAUUCCAAUUAACCCUUCAAAUAAAUUGAUUAAAAAAUGGUUUCAAUUAAUGGGAAAGACUAAAUGUUUUACCUCCAUGUGCUCUGAGAAUACUGAAAAAAAUCAUCACACCGAAACAAUAUAUUCUUUGGCAACUAUUGCGUCAUUAUUGUUUUUGGGUUUGGAAGUUGAGGAAAAUGUGUUUAACAUCAAGUUGAAUUAUUUGAGUGAUGUAUCUGUUUACAAUGAAAUCCAAAAAUCAAUAUUUGGUAAUGAUUUCACUAGUUCUUUGAUCAUCUAUGGAUGGAACAUUAUUAAUUUCUCCAGAUAUUUGUUGUUUGAGGAGUUCCCAGAAGCUAAUGAUGCUAACAAAUUUUUAUCAGGUUUGAAUUUUACUCUUGAGGAUUUUAGACAUCAAGUAACAGAAUGUAUUUUGAUUGCAGAACAUAAGAGAGAAAUAUUCGACAGUAUUUUAGAGAUUCAUGAUAAUAUUACCUUUGAUCACAUAUAUAAAGUCAUUUUGGCUUCUUUUGUCAAGGCUUUGUUGCCAUUUGUUAAAAUCACUACCAAAUCAUCGAUAUCAUUUUCAAAGCUUUUAAAGGCCAUGGCAACAUUGACCUUAGAAACUGGAAUGGAGUCAAGUGAAGCUGUUGUUGCCAUGAACGAAAAAACCUUCUUGGAGAGCUUUGUGCUCGAUAAUAAUUACUUGAAGGCUGUACAAAUCCAUAAGUUGAAGGUCCCGGAGGAUUUGGAUGCUUUGGCCUGCUUCAUGAACUUAAUUAAUGUGGAUGGAAAAUUAGCAUACUCAGUUUUGAGUAGUAUGGAUACUUAUUACCAUAUUUUCAAGAAUGGAGAAUUGAAAUACGAAUAUCUCAGCAAUUUAAUUUCAGCAAAUAGUUUUGCAAAUAACGAACCAGCUAUCGAUGAAGAUGUCGCAGUUCUUACUCAAGAUGCUAUCAUUAGAACAAUAUUUGAGCCAACAUCUAACUCAGACUAUUUGCGAAUUGAAUCGGGAGCUCAGCUUAAAGUUUUGCGAGCAAACAAAAAUAGUUUUAGCAAUCAAUCUACCACCGAACCAUCUGAGAAUUCUGAAAGUCCAGAUCAAUGGAAUGCUGCUAUCUUCAAAUAUAAUUAUAAUGGGUGGUCUCUAAUUGGUAAAACGCUUGAAAAUUUGGUGAGUGGGUUAUCGCUUUUUGAUGAAAACAAAAGUUCUUUUAUCAAUGAAAGGUCAAUAAGCAAAAUCAAGGAUCUCUCGGAGGACCUCAGUUCCAAUGAAUUUAAAACCAAAAAUGAUCUUAUUCUCUGUAUUUUGAAUCUUUUGGUUACGGUAUUCAGCUCAGUCACUUUUGAAGAAGCUGAAGAUUUAAUCAAAAAAUUCCAAGCCUCAGCAUCAUUGAAUUUCUUUGAGUUGAUAUUUAAGAUUUUGAAAAUCUCUUUACAAUCCAAAGAUUUGGAUAAAUUGACGUUGAUUAAUAAGUUAUUGAAUAAUUUGUUGCAAGUUGGAGGUAGUGGUAUUAGCGGAUUCUCAAGAGAAGUCUGGUCGGUACUUAUCAAAUCCAAUUAUUUUGAUGUUAAUGGGAGUGGUACUGGUGGAAGUGGUGAUGUGCUAAAUGACAACAACCUUCUAUUGAACAUAAUUUUUGCCAACCAAAAGUCAAAGGGUGAUUAUAAGUUUGGUAUUUCAUUGAUAAAUUUAGCCGACUCUUUAAUAAUUGAUGCAUUGUCUAUUGAAAAUGUUAGUGAUAAUAAUAAUAAUAUUUCCCUUAAGAUUAAGGAUGAAAUUAUUUCUAAAUUGACAACAAUAUUUAUUGCUAGUUAUGAAAAUUUUUUCAAUUGGGACUUCAACAAGCAAUAUCAAAGAUUCGAAUUUGGAAUUUUGAUUUUAGAUUUAUUUUCCAAGAUAUUAUUCACAAUUUAUAGCAUUGAUUUAAAUAACCCUGGUACAAAACAAAAGAGUCCUACAUACGCCAAUAAUCCGACCUUAGUAUUAAAGAAUUCAGGGAACAAGAUCAUAAAUUCGUUUUUAACUAGUAACAGCUUCGAUUGUUUGACAAUUAAGCCUUUAGAAGCUAUCAUUAAUAAUUUGAUUAGCUUCAGUCCGAUGGCAGAUAGCUUGUCAAUUGAAACUCACGAUAAUUUAAGCUUGUGGUAUGAAAAUUUUGUUUAUUCUGUGUUCGAUUUUAACAAGUUGAUGAUUUCUUUAAGAUCAACUAUCUUGAAGAGCGAUAUUUCUGUUUUGGAACAAUCUAUUUGCAACAAUCUUAAAAGUUUGAUCAAGAUUUAUUUGAAGUUCCCAAGCUUAAAAUUGAAAAUUAUGAACUUGAUUAUCGGUCUAAUCAAUAGUAUUUAUGGUGACGAGAAAGGUGGUAAAAAUAGUGAUGACAAAAAGACCAAAAAUAAGCAGCCUUCUUUAUUAUCAUAUUUAGGUGAUUCACAUUCCAAGAUCUUAUUGAACUCUUUGGCCAUUGAUUUGGAAGGCACAUUAAUUGAUUUUAACUUGAAGAACUCGUUAUAUGACUUUUUUGCUAACGUGUUGGAGAAAAAUCAAGAAGGAUUGUCCAUAAUGUUGUUGACUGGGGUUAGUAAUCAAAAGAAGAAAGAUGCUAAAUCUCAAACCGGUAAAUCGAUUCUACAAAUAUUGAAACAAAAUGUCAUAAAUUUGAACACUUAUCCUGAUUCUGUUGCUAUCCAUCUACUAGAUGCGAUCUCUUUUGCAUUCAACUCGUGGUCUACUGCGCAAAAAAUUGGUGAAGAUGAUGCAAAGUUUAUUGAGUCUUUAACUAGCUAUUUCAGUAAUAAUAUUAAUUAUUCUCCCGAAGAGACUAAUGAGUUGGAAGAUUUGACGGAAACUAUCGAGAAAACUAUCAAGAAUUGUUAUCGUGUGAAGUUGAUCUCCAGCAUUGGUGAAAUUUUGGCACUUUACUUGUUCAGUUGUUCAAAUCAAACAAUUAUCAAACCAAUUUUGAAUUUGUUGGAAGCUCCACAAUUCUUGAAAACUUAUGCAUCCAAGAUCUUUAGAGUCCAUAAUUACAACUCAAAUUUGCAUUUGUCCACCCACAAAGAUUUUAUCAAGUAUUUUGGGAAUUUCAAAUUGGAGGAUUUUAGAAGAACCAAUUUGAACAAAGUCCGGAGGUAUGGUAUCAGCACCGUAUAUAAUCUAUCCUUAAUGGAUCAAUUGUUCUGCAGUAAAUAUGAGUGGAAUGAUUUUCUUAGACAUGGGGUUAUUCAAACUAGUUUGAAUUUGCAAUAUGUCUCUUCACAAAAUAAUUUGAUCAAAUCUUGGGGUGCUUUGGUUUCGUCUUAUGUGAGAUUCAAGUCUUCCAAUCCAAGUAAUGAUUUUAUUGAUUUGGCAUCCUUGUUAUUAUCCAUCAAUAAUGACGAAGGGAUUCCAGCGCCGUCUUUUAGAGAUAUUUAUUUGGCGAGAAUUGAAUUGGCGUUCUUUUUAAUUUACAAUUUAUCUAAAAAGUUGCACAAAAAUGAAACUGGUAGUAUGGGGAAACAAGUUACCGAUGACCAGAUCAAUGAUUUGUUUGACGCUGUUGUUGCAUCAUUGUUGUCUGAAGAGGUAAACUUUUUGGUGAGCUUAUCGAAUAAUGAUGUUCAAUUAUACAGAUCAUUGUUACGUAUCUUGUUGAUUACUUUGAAUUUGUGUUCUAACAAGGCAUAUUUAUUGGAAAAGAAUCCUGGGGUGUUGAUUGACCUUUUUGGGAAAAUCAUUGCUAGUGGAUCUAAGGUUAUCAUUGCCAAUAUUCAAAAUGAAAUGAGUUCCCAAACAGUUAGCAAUUCCAAAACUAGUGGAUCAACUCAUGCUUCACCAAUCACUGUUAACAAAAUUGAAGAUUUAUUAUCAAUAAUAUCAAUUUUCAAAUCAUUUGCAGCGAUCAAGUUUUCUAACGAAAUUAACGAGUCAUUAUCUAUCUUACUAGAUGCUAAUGAAACCAUCAAAUACAUCAUGGAGCUCUACACUUAUUCUAGUUCAAUGUUGAUUGAUGACGAGCCGAUCUUUGCUGAUUUGGCCUUGAUGUAUAUUAUUGAAUUAAUUUCUGUCGAUGUUAUUGCUGAAAAAUUGCUCAAUUAUGGUCUUUUCUCAACUUUGAUCAACAGUCCAAUAUCCAUAGAAAUUCAAAAAGGAGGAAUUAGAUCUGAUUUGCAACCGCGGUAUCAUCAUAUUUGGUCAAACGGGUUGUUGACUAUUGUGUUGAUUUUGCUUGGUAAGUUUGGACCGAGAGUGAUCCCCGAUACUUGCAUUUUUUUGAAGAGUUUUGAAAAACAAAUCGAUUUCACAUUGAACAAUUGGUCAAAGGAUUCAUUGAUCAUUACCACCCCAAUGAUCCGUGAGACAAGUCAGUUGAUUUUGCUUCACAAAGUUCUUAAUUUGAUGAAUUUCAGAGAAUUCAUUGGUGUCAGUCAGCAAGAUGGUGAAGGAAAGGAAGCCCCACACUUCUUCCCUGGAUUGGAUACACCAAAGCAACAGGCGAAGCUUUUGGAUAGUUUGAAUCACUUAUUGACACAUCCAAAGUAUCUUCAAUCACGGAUUGUGGUGACCCAUUUCGAAGAUCAAAAUAUUAUUGAGGAAGAGUUAGUGAAUUCCAGUGUGGCUAAUACUAGUUAUAGUGGCUCUUCUAUGAUUGCUGUAAAGGGCAAGAGCAGAUUAGCAAGUCGUUUAAUUAAUGAAAUUAAAGGAUUAUGUGAAUCAUUGAAUAAUUGA